AUGAAGGGUUUCAGUCUGCGCGCCAAGUCCGACAGCGAAGAGUGCAUCAAGAAGUACAUCAUGGCAGUACAGACGCAGUUUGACUACAAGGUCAAGUUCGUUCGACACGAUGGUGCACGAGAAUUUGCGGCAAAUUCGCUCAAGACAUUUUACGAUGAUCAAGGAAUCGAGCAGCAAGUUACCGUUCCAUAUGUGCAUCAGACCAACGUCACGGCGGAACGGGCAAUUCGGACCAUUGUGACAAUCGGGCGCAGCAUGCUUCACUACGCCAAGCUGGACAAGUGUUUUUGGUCUGAAGCAGCAAUGACGGCAAUCUACAUCAAGAAUCGCCUACCAUCGCCCAAGUGCCAAGAUCAAACCCCGUUCGAGAUCGUCAACGGAUUUCGACCAAGUGUGAAGCACAUGCGGGUUUUCGGCUGCCGAACGUUUGUGCUGACCCCUAAGGAAAAGAAAUCGAAAUGGGAUCCGAAGGCUCGUGAAGGACUAUUCAUGGGUUACGAAGAAGUGUCAAAGGCAUAUCGCGUUUACGACAUUGAAGCGGACCAAGUGGUGAUAUCUCGCGAUGUCACAUUCGACGAAUCAACGUUUGGUUUCUCGCCGACGCUACCACAAGAAAUUGUUGAUGACACUGCGCUGGAUAUCGAAUCGAUGAACAUCAGCAAUGAGCCUCACCUAUGCAAUUCAAGCAAACUGGAAAACGCAAAAGCCGUUCAAACAGUCAAGAACAAGUUCUACAACGGACACUUCCUGAGCGUCGUGGAACCGGGUUAG